AGUCCGACGAUCUGACUUGACUCUCUCCCUCCUCUCUCAUUCUGUCGCUCCUUCACUCCGCUGCUUCCUACUCGGUCUCCCCCUCUCCCUCUCUCUCUCUCUCUCUCUCUCUCUCUCACACACACACACACACACACACACCCUUGUUCCUCCGCAUCUGCAGCAGACAUGGCCGGGGCUUUCGUUGGCACAUGGAACCUCAAGGAGAGCGAGAAAUUCGAUGACUACAUGAAGGCGCUUGGUGUGGGAUUUGCUACACGUCAGCUAGCGGGCCUGACUAAGCCCACCACUAUCAUCGAAGUGGAUGGCGACACGGUGACGGUGAAGACGCAGAGCACCAUGAAAAACACAGAGCUAUCCUUCAAGCUGGAAGAGGAGUUCGACGAGACCACCGCCGAUGACAGGAAGGUUAAGUCCAUCGUCAAAAUAGAGGAUGGGAAGCUGGUGCACACACAGAAGUGGGACGGCAAAGAGACCAGUCUGGUCAGAGAAGUCAACGGAAACGCGCUCAUACUAACACUCAAAAUUGGAGAUCUUGUUUGCACACGUCGCUACGAAAAGGCACAGUAAAACCCAGCACCACCUACUCGCAUCAGCUAAAGCUCUGCACCACAAACUCCUCAUCACCACCUCAUCCCUGGCCGAGCAGGCGCUGUGUAGGUCUGCUGCAGAGUCGCCCUCAAUGCCCCCUCAUUCUGUUUGAUAAGUAUUAGCAUUGCUGCUGCUGACUGUGACCUCCCAUCUCCCCCCUGCCCUUCUCUUUAUACUGUGGUUCCUUCUACUGUAAGAAACACUGAAUGAAUUCCAAUGUUUUUUUCUGUUGUUGUCGUUUUGUUCUCUCUAAACACCUGCAGAUGUAUUUCUGUAGAAAAUGUGUUAUGCAUGGUGCCUAUGAUAAACCUGGAAAAGCGUUUGAAAAAUUUGUUUUAACGAUUGAGACCUCGAACAAAUAAAAAGUGUUCAAACUGUUGGAUGAACUUGUAAAACAA